AUGCGUCUCAACAUCGUCAACGCCCUCCUCAUCCUCAUGGCCGGCUGUGCCGUGGCCGCCCCCACUCACGAUUCCCGGGGUCAGGGCAAGGCUGCUCCCGCUCCCGCUCCAGCCGUCGUCGGCUGUGACGGCCGCAACGUCAACAACGUCGAGGCCACCCAGAUCGACUUCACCGCCGUCGACUUCGGUUCCACCGUCAACAAAGUCUACACAGACGCCGCGGACAACAAGGUGUACGACGAUGGCAAGACACCCAGCCUUCCCCGGUCAGAGAGCACGCAUUAG